AUGUCGGGCAUGACGGGAGCGAGCAUGCUGCGCACGCGCAGAAAAGAUGUCAACGUCAAACCGAACCGAAAGUUGGAUCGCAAAUCCUCGCGGGGCAUGCUGUACGAAAACGAAGAGCUGCGCUUACGUACUAUAAAUAUCAAUGCCGAAGUUGAAAGAGGUCAGUCGGACAUCAAGAAGCUAAAACGUGAGAACGAACAGCUGAAACGGGAAAUAUCAGCUCUUCGCUAUGAGUACGAUCGUCUGGACAGCAUGCUGCGAGACCGAAGGUCUUCACCGGAGCACUCGGACGACAGCGUGUCAGUUUGCAGCGUGUGUCCAGACUGUGUUAGUGUGGACGGGUCUGGAAGAGCAGUCGCCUUCCACGACCUGAGCGUGGUGCCUGAAGAAGUGGAGCAAGAUAAGAGCGGCGCUGAAUCACCAUGCACAUGCGAUGAAUGCCAACAAGAAGCGCCACGCAAGAUUACGAACACAAUGAAAUCGGCACAAAUGACGCAAAAUACGAACAAAACGCAGCCAAAUAUAGCGGACAAUGGUCACGAGCGAGUGGUCGACGUCCUGGUGCACGACGCGCCGCCCGAGGUACCCAGGUUCUUCCAAUCCGUUACCUCUCCCCCCUACCACGUCGCAGGCCCCCCGCCACCAGGUUUCGUCGUUGCCCCCUAUCAACCUCCCCGAUUCCAUACCGGAGGGAACGUCGAAGACCUCCUAGGAGAAGUCCAGGCCUCGCCCACUAUACAGACCACGUACAUCCAGCAGAACUCGGUGUUCAUGUGCAACACGAGACGGAUAACGCAGAAAUGUUGUUGCCAGAAAAAGGAACCGGUAGGGUUACCGAUCACAAGCGUGCAGAUCUCAGGAGUUCCAGUUGUCGAUGAACAGGAGCCGCCAAAGAAAUAUGUUACUGAAAAAUAUAGAACUUACUUACGACUAUCCUAGAGCAACACCUAUUCCAAGCAGUCCCAGUCCUAAAUCUGGUGACGAAGUACAAACUACGACUACAGAAGUAGCAAGUACGGUAGUUUUCGUUGAAAGGAGAAUACCGGUCAAGCCAAAGAAAUUCGACUUUUUCUCUCGAUCUCGAUCUGCUCCCGUUGGAGAAAACGAGGAGCCAAUAUACGCAACAGUGAACAAACUACCAAAGAGACUUCGGAGAAUGGAGCUCGCUAAUCUUGAGAAAGAAGUAGCGUACAAAACUGGUGAGCCUGACUCUUCUACUCGCACAGAACUCACGCUGAAAACCGAUUCAGAAUCUCAAGUCCCACCACCAGAUGACGACACAAGUAGAUCUGACAGAGAAAAAUCAACAGCUCCCCAAAGACCUGACUCACCAAAAAUGAAAAAACGUAAAAGGUUCUCUUUGACUUUCAAAAAGAGGGAAAGAAAAAGGAGGGACAAGAAGAAAGAUCUGAAGAAUGGAGCUACGAAGAACGGAGGGACUGUAGAGAGUGACAAUGAGAGGCUAAUUGAAGGAGAGGUCCAGGAUAUGGGGAAGCAUAAACAUUGCGUCAGACAUAGAACGAGGAAUACCUUGUCGUCUUCAAGUUCAGGCCCGCGAUACAAGCGGGAUAGUUAUCAGGAGAUGACGACAUCGCAUUCGGAGCACGAGAGAACUAACAGCAUGUGUUCCUCGGUUAACUCCCUGACAUCUGCGUGUACGCACAAAUCUAGGAAGCUGUCAGCCCCUGUGAAUGAUGGGUCUAUACCUUGGUGCGGAUGCUGGGGAGCCGGUUGCGUAUAG